GGGCCCUGGUACCAGGUACAGUACCAUUCGCUCCCCACUUCCGACUGAAAAUAAUAAUGCUCAGAUAGAUUACAUGUACAAGCUAGCUAGUACUCAGUAGAUGAUACUGGGUGGCCUCCAUCCCAGCAUUCCAGACCUUGCUUCCCUUGGUUAGGACACCAGUGGAGCAUACUAGUACGUUGGCUCCGGUAUGGUACCUACAGUGGUUGGGAAAAAGAAUAUCCGACAGAGGUCAGCUCGAUGACCAGUACAUGUACAUGUACUAGUACAGUUCGAGUUGCCGACUUUGGUUGGCUUGGCAGCUUGGUUGGGCUUGUUGCAAUGUUUCGCAGUGCCAUAUCCAGUGCUCAUAAUUUCACUUCCUAUCUUCCUUGCCUUCCUUCUAACACAUCAAAUCCAUCAUCAUGCCCCAAGGUUCCCAGGCCGACCUCGCAUCUGCGAAUCAAGGGGGGCAGACUUUGUAUGAUCGUCUUGGUGGUGACGCCUUUAUUAACCUCUUGGUAUGCUCCUUUUUUGACGAGAUUGUGGAGAACCCCGACCUCCAGCCUUUCUUUGUGAACAUUUCUGUGUCUGCCCUCAAGACCCACCAGGUCAAGUUGUUUCGGGUCAUCUUUGGGAAUGAGAAUGAAAAACCAGAAGAGGAGGACUUGUUGGAUUUCAUGCUUCGAACACAUACUCGUCUCUUUCGAGAACUGGGGUUGGGCCCUACACACUUUGAUAUGGUUGCCAGCUGCUUUGUUCAGGGGCUUCAAACAUUUGGUGUUGACAAGGAAAUUGUUGAUGAAUGUGUUGCCAUUCUUGUUCCACUUCGAAUUGUCUUUGAGUAUGGGGAGAAGGUUGCACAGCGAGAAAAGAUCAUGGAUGAGCACAUCAAGAAGGCGCUCCCACUGGCAUCACCCAAAACCAUGGAGACAGAUGCUGAAGUGGUCCUUCCUGAGUACUCCAAGAUUAAAAUUCCUGACUGGUUGCCUGAAACACUUGAGAAGAAGUCCACAACAGGAGUGGUUCGGGCUUGGACAUGUGACUUGACGGAUCGAUUUGGAGAUGAAGGAGAUGCGCAAAUUGCAGACACCUUCUUAGAUCAGCCCUACAUGGAUCACCAUGUGUACCUUGUUGCAUUCCUCCAACUUGCCUUCUUUCCAGAUGAGGGCGUUGAUGCAAAACAUCGUCGAAGGAUCAUGGAAAUUGUUAUGUACCCAAGGGGAAGGGGCAAUGCCAAGCUAUCAAGAGAGCUAUUUGAUCGAAUGAUCACCCAAUUCCUGAUUACAAGCCACAAGAUGGGAUUGUCAAGACAUGCCACGGACAAGGCAGAAAACAAGCUUCGAUCCUAUCGCUCAUACUUUGCCAAGAAAACCACCAUUGUUGGUGGAGUGGAUGCCCCCCACAUUUUGCGAAACAUCAGGAGGGAUACAGAUGAUGUGAGCACGGGUGGGCUCAGUGAAACUGGUUCUGUUUUGUCGCUGUCCAACUUUUUUUCUGGUGAUGAUAGCGAUUCUGACGAUGAUGCCAGUGAAACCGAGUCCUACCGAUCUGGAUCCACGAACCUCUCUGGGAGAUCUGGGAGAUCCUCCAGGUCAAGCAAGAAGCAGAAGCAGAAGAAAAAGAAAAAGAAGUCUCGGUUCUCAGACACAAAGAUUGAGAAGGGGAAGAAGCGAUCCAGCUCCGGAGCCAUGGCAUGGCUUCGUGGGACAAUUUGGGCGAGCACGGCAAGCGACGCCAAGAUCCCCACUGCCAUCACUGCCUAGGAGAUAUUGCUUGUUGUGUUUGGUUGCAUUCGUUGCAGCUUAACUCAUGAUUUGAUUCCAAAGAUAAAAACCUACAUGAAACUGACUACAUUAAUUAAUUAAUCUUGUUCUUGGCCGUUUUGUCC